CGUGUGGCGUUACCGUUGGUUUCUUCGGGAGAGGGGCGCGCCAUUCGUGGAGUUAGUUUUCCGCGUCAGUUCCCAUUCGACAUCGUUGGCCCGCAAGCGUCGACGACUACAACCCCCGAAGACCGCCCUUUCCGCGCGUCCUCCACGCCUGCCUCGACCGUCCUCCCCGACAGCUCGAAGUCUGCUCUCCUUCCACGCCCGGCGACCCUCACGACCUGGCUUCAGUGCAUGCGUUUGCAAAUCCCGUGCGACCAAAUUGAUUCGAGUAGUGCGUCGACCUGGAAACGAAAGAGACAGGAAGCUGUGCGUCAUCCCCCGGAUCAUCCCCUCCGCCACCAUUCCUCUCCAUCAUCUUCAGCCGAGCACGUGAUCUCGCUCACGAUACAGGACCAAACGCUCUUCUUUAGCUAAUCCGCAACUCCCUCAAAUUUAAGACCCAGUAGACCAAGAUGUCGCUCAUGAACAUUGCAGGAACGCAGCCGGUCGACGACCCCGAGUACCGCUACAAGAUGCCGCGACUUCAAGCCAAGAUCGAAGGCCGUGGCAACGGUAUCAAGACUCUGGUCGUUAACUGUGCGGACAUUGCAACGUCGCUUCACCGUUCCACCGCCGAGGUGUGCAAGUUCUUCGGCUGUGAGCUUGGAGCCCAGUCCAAGUACGACGAGAAGACGGAUCGAGCCAUUGUGAACGGAGCAUUCGAUGCUGGUAUGAUGCAGCAGCAUUUGUCCAAGUACAUUGAGGGCUUCGUGUUGUGCCCUGGUUGUCGUCUUCCAGAGACUAAGUACAAGUUCAAGGGUCAGCUGAUCUUCCACAAGUGCUACGCCUGUGGCGCUGUGGAGCCUGUGGACAUGAACCACAAGCUCACGACCUUCAUCUUUAAGGAGCACACUGCUGCUAAACGUAGUAGUAAGGACGAUAAGAAGAAGAAGGACAAGAAGGAGAAGAAGGAGAAGAAAGACAAGAAGUCGUCGCAUGACGAGCCCGAGGACGAGUCGGCUACUAAGAAGAAGGAAAAGAAGGAGAAAAAGGACAAGAAAGAGAAGAAGGACAAGAAGGACAAGAAGGACAAGAAGAAGAAACACCACAAGGACAAACACUCCGAUAAGGACGCGUCCGACGCUGAAGAUGACGAGGUGGUGUGGCACACGGACUUGUCUGCUGAGGCUGUGGCGGCCCGUGCCGCUGAAGCUGAAGCCAUCGAGGCCGCUGCUGCUGCUGCUAUGCAGAGUACGGCGACUGAGGAGGUCGUCGCUACGCUGGACAACCUCCAGGUGGAUGACGAGAACGCCCUGGACUCGGCUGUGUCUAACCUGCAGCGUUUCUUGUCCGAGAGCCACUCGGAGACCGAGAUCUUUGAGGAGCUGUGUCGCCAGCAGACGUACUCGGCUCUGCCUGUCACGGACCGUCUUGUGAUCUUCUUCCGCUCUGCGUUCACGGAGCAGGUGCUGGCGAGCAAUCAGGUGGCCAAGUACGCUCCUGUGCUUGAGAAGAUCAUUGACGGCCAGCACUCGCAGUACCAGCUGCUUGCACUAGCCGAACACUUCUGCGCUGUGGAGCACCCGGAGCUGCUGAGCUCGUACCCGAUUCUUCUGAAGCUGUUGUACGAUGAGGACCUGCUCGAGGAGGAGUGUCUGGUUGCGUGGGCCAACAACGGCGUUCGCAAGGAGUACGCUCACUGGGCCGUCACGGACGAGCUUGCUGCUAAGCUGAAGGCUCUGCUGCAGCCCUUCAUUGAGUGGCUGGAGAACGCUGAAGAGGAGAGCGAGGACGACAGCGACGACGAGUAACGCUUCGGCUAUUCAUUUCGACGCUGUUAAGGUCAAGUUACCAAUCCAGCACUUGCAUAUCAAUCUUUUCCGGAUCGACACUUUUACCUAUGAGAAAUGUGGAAACAACCGACCAGUUGCGCUACCCAGAAGCUGUUCGAUCACUUCAAUGCAUUUCAAACUGAGGUAGAUGUCAGGAAUACUGAAUGAAAUCUGCUUUGAAUCCAUGCGUCUAUUAUGAGUUAGUGCC